AUGAAUAAAAUAUUGUUUCUGUUUUUAUUGGGAUUUGUGGGAAGUUUGGCUGAUUCAAGGAUUUUAUCACGACGACGGCGUUACGUCGCUUUUCCGGAAGGUUCAAGUUUCUCGUGUGCUGGAUGUAUGACGGUAGGAGUGAUAGGACAACCCGCACCAACAUCUUCACCAGGAAUAUUCACAUUUGGUUUGAAUUGGGGCAUAGCCUAUGAACUGCCAAACGUUACAGAAACUGCAUAUGCAUACAGAGCUAAGAAGAGGCCCAUUGCGCAGCGCAGGAGUCGGAGACAGUUGUAUGAAAAGCUUGAGCUUAUAAUGGAUAAUAUGGGUUAUAAUGGAAGGGAGUGUAUCUUGAAGACCCUCUGUGAGACCACUCAACGCAUCGUGCCCCAUGGAAACAAUAUGCUUGAGGAGAUAUUCAGGACUAUAUUUUCGCUUCCAAUGACAAAGGUUUUACCGAUAGAGCCUCUCGAACACACCAUUUACGACUCAGCCCAUCGCCUUGGAGUACUCUUGGACUCAUGUGAAAAUUUCAAAUGUCCGUUAUCUUUAGUUGAUUUGGCUAAAGGAUAUUACAAUGCUCCCGCGCCGACGGGUGAUACAUCAAAAAGUCCUUGGUCGCUAUUUAGUAGUUCUUUUAGCAAUUUCUUAUAA